AUGGACUGUCAAACUACAUACAGGAGUAAUGGAAAGGAGAAGGAGCAAGCCGCUUUCAAGCGCAGUUCAAUUAUGCAAAGGUCUCCGACCUUGACGACUGGGACGCCGACGAGGAGACUUAAAACCUCCCCUCCGCCGGUGCCGUUCAAGGCUGUUAGUGACACCGGAUCGUCGUCCGGAUCCGGAAAGAGGAAAGAAGAGGUCGAUCUGGCGAUGGAGGUGACCAACCCGGAAACACCUCAAGGAAUUCCUCCCAGCAACAGCUCUCUUCGUGCGGCAUUCGGUCUGCAAAUGCUUCAGCAGCAGCAUGACGAUGCCAGCGAAGAGGAGGACCUGUCACUGAAAAAAAUGAAAGCUCUUUUGAAGGAGAUGGCCAAGGCUCUCCUUACUCAGAGGAACGUGAACAAGGCGAUUAAGGAUGGAAUUCCGAAACUCGAUGAUUUCCUUGGUGAAAUCGAGGAAUGCCGGAAGAUCAGGCUGAAGGCGGUGAAGCAGGAGCGCGACAUCAUGAACCGUGUCAUAUCUGAUUCACCUCAAGCUCAAGCUUAUCUGGCUGAGUCUCAGACCCAAGCCAGAAAGCGAGUAAAGCGGCAGAGAGGUUCUUCGCCGGGAAGCCCUGAGCUUAGGGAAUUGGAUCCAGCGCCGAAUCCAGUCUUCUUCUCUGCUUCCACACAGACUGAGGACGUUCCGGCUGCUGAUUUAGUUCCUGCUCCGGUAGGGGUUCCUGCACCAGCAGCUGCUCUAAUCCCAGCGUCAAUCCCAUCGACAUCUCUCAACUCGCAGGGGCCCGCUCCGCAAACACCUUUGGGGAACUGGGAGAGACGCCUGUCAAAAAAGGAGAGGAGACAGCUAAAGCGCGCCGAGGCUGCCUCAAAAAAGACGCCUGCAAAAGGGAAGAAGAAAGUCCAAGUCUCUGAACUGGUUAAGGAGACCCCUAGCAAAACUUCCAGGAAGCCUUCACGACCCAGGCUCAAGAAGCCUAGGCCUGAGGCGAUUUUGAUCAAACCCUUAGGGGGGCAAUCUUUCGCCGAUGUCCUAGGACAGAUUAAAACCCAGGCGAAACCGGAAGAGACGGAGACUACAAUCAAGUCCAUCCGACGAACCCAGAACGGGGAUGUUCUCCUCGAACUGGGAAAAUCGAGGGACAAGGACGGUUUUGCUGCUUCCCUCAAAACCGCUCUUGGUGACAAAGGCUCUAUUCGAACCCUUCAACCGAGAUGUUCAGUGGAGAUCCGAGACCUAGACGCUCUAUCUACAGAGGACGAGGUGAUCAAAGCGUUAAAGAAGGCGCUUCCAGAACUACCGGGAGAAGCGGGAGGUCUCAAGGUCUGGUUGACAAAACCAAAUCGGAGCCAGCAGCGUAUGGCAAUUGCUGAAUUGGGCGAAAAGCACGCUAAUAAGCUGCUUAGCCUCCAGCACCUGAGAGUCGGAUGGGUGAGUUGCAGGCUCAAACAAAGGGUCAUCGUGCAAAGAUGCUACCGGUGCCUAGCGUUCGGUCACUCUUCCCGUACCUGCAGAGGGCCCGACCGAAGUUUCAACUGCCUCCGGUGCGGAGACCAAGGCCACAAGAAGAAAGACUGCACCUCGAGCCUCUCCUGUUUCCUCUGUAAGGAGACAGGUUCUGCUGGGAAUGCUCUUGGUCACUUACCUGGUUCUGGCAAAAGGCAGAGGCCAAUAAUCCGUAUCCUACAGGCCAAUCUUCAAAGAUCCUGGGGGGCUGAUAAUCUUCUAAAUCAGCUCGCCCGAGAACUCGGUGUCGACGCGCUCCUAGUCAGCGAGCAGUAUCGGGACAGGGACCCAGGCAUUUGGAUCCCAGACAGUCUAGGUACUGCAGCUUUCUGGGCCCGGAACUCACAAGAAGUUAUGGUGCGGAGUCACGGACGUGGCCGAGGAUUCGUCUGGAUAAGGUGUAGGGAUGUAACUUUCUUCAGUUGCUACCUCACCCCAAACGAGGCCAUCCAAGACUUCCGCGACAAGAUUGAUCGUUUGGAGGAGAGCGUGCUCGGCACCACUGGGCACGUUGUCGUUGGCGGUGAUUUCAACGCGAGGGCCGUCGAGUGGGGUAUGCCCUCUACCAACUCCCGGGGGAAAUACAUCUUGGACUUCAUCGCCAGGGCCGGGCUCGUCGUCCUCAACCAGGGCGACACGCCUACUUUCAGGCGCCCCGGGCAGAGAGGCACGAUUCCUGACGUAACCUUCGCGUCUGAGUCUCUUCUUUCGAGGAUCUCUGGCUGGAGGGUGGUAGAGGAUUACACGGGUAGUGACCACCAGUACAUUGUUUUUGAUCUGCAUGAUUUAAACCGUAGAGUUUCCGCAUCCCGGGAUGGGCCACGCCGAUGGAACACCAAUAAACUGGACGUGGUCAAGUUCACCGAGGUUAUAUCUCGGGGAGCGCAGGCGAAUCCUGGUGAGGCUGGCGCCGAGGCUUUAGUAACAUCCACGAUGGAACUUUUUGUCUCGGCCUGUGACCGGUCUAUGCCGCGAAAGAAACUCCGCCGUGGCAAGCAACCCGUCUACUGGUGGACUGAAGAGAUUGCGGAGCUCAGAAGAACAUGCCUUAGAGCAAAACGUGCCGCCACUAGACUUCGACUUGACUUAAGGAAGCAAGUUGUGCCACCAUCUCUCAGUUACAACACUUCAGAGCUAAUGGCCCUUGGAUUAUUCUCCAUCAUUACUGGCACUAUUCAACAGAUGUCAACAUGCUGA